AUGAGCCGUUGUGCCGUGCGCUGUGCACCUUGCCUUGCUGUGGCAACCUUAUGUUCACUGCCCUGCCUUAAUGCUUGCGCAGGAGGAGCGGCAGGUGCUCAAGAAAAUCUCCCUUCCCCCUCCGCCCUUCCCAUCCACCCUCCUUCCUUCCCCCUCCGCGCUUCACAUCCGCCCACCAAGGGAGGUCACGUUCCGCCCUCUGUGCAAUUGACCAGCUUGAAGCCGCCAAGGAACAUCUUAAAACUUCCCUUACCCACUCUAGUUCCCCUUACGCAUUCCUUUUUCAUUGACACCUCCUCCUCCGUUACCCAAUCCCCCUCCCCGUAUCACUACCUUUAUGCUUGCCCUUUCCCCCUCCCCUCUCUCCCUUCCCGUGAAGCCAUUCCUUUCCCCUUUACCAUUCUCGUUCCUCUUACCACCUCCCUUUACCCGUACCCCCUACCCCCUCCCUUUUCUCCUUCUCUUUACUCCUUCUUUACCCGUCCCUGA